CGUCCAUUUUCGUUUUUCUUCACCACCCUCUAUUCUUUCUCGAAUCUCUCCCCCUAUCUCUCUCCGUCAGAUCUUCCGUCGGACUUUUACUAUCUCCGAAUAGUUUGGCCGUUGGAGAGAUAUGAGUAGCCCUAAGAAGAACGAGGGUAAGGGCUUCUUCGCAGCCAUGAGUUCUGGUCUCUCCGUGUUCGGCAACGCCAUGCAUCGAUCCGUCAACGGGUUGCUUGGUUAUGAAGGGGUAGAAGUGAUAAAUCCAGAGGGAGGAAAAGAAGAUGCAGAGGAGGAAGCUCAGAGAGGAAGAUGGAAACAGGAGGAUAGAGACAGCUACUGGAAAAUGAUGCACAAGUAUAUAGGUUCAGAUGUUACAUCAAUGGUCACACUUCCGGUCCUUAUUUUUGAGCCAAUGACUAUGCUUCAGAAAAUGGCAGAGUUGAUGGAAUACUCGUACCUGCUGGAUCAAGCAGAUGAAUGCGAGGAUCCAUAUAUGCGAUUGGUGUAUGCCUCAUCAUGGGCUAUAUCUGUAUACUUUGCCUAUCAACGAACCUGGAAGCCUUUUAAUCCUAUUCUAGGGGAGACUUAUGAAAUGAGCAAUCAUGGAGGUAUUACAUUUAUUUCAGAGCAGGUGAGUCAUCAUCCUCCAAUGAGUGCUGGACACGCUGAAAAUGAGCAUUUUACUUAUGAUGUGACAUCAAAGUUGAAAACUAAAUUUUUAGGAAAUUCUCUCGAUGUUUACCCUGUUGGAAGAACACGUGUGACUCUUAAAAAGGAUGGUGUGGUCUUGGAUUUGGUGCCGCCUCCUACUAAGGUUAAUAACCUGAUUUUUGGCCGUACUUGGGUUGAUUCACCAGGCGAGAUGGUUAUGACGAAUUUGACUACGGGAGACAAAGUCAUUCUAUACUUCCAGCCAUGUGGCUGGUUUGGAGCUGGUCGCUAUGAGGUGGAUGGGUAUGUAUAUAAUGCUGCUGAGGAACCUAAAAUAUUGAUUACUGGGAAAUGGAACGAGUCUUUGAGUUAUCAACCAUGUGACAUUGAAGGGGAACCCCUUCCAGGCACAGAACUGAAAGAGGUUUGGCAUGUUGCUGAUAUUCCAGAGAAUGACAAAUUUCAAUACACACAUUUUGCACAUAAAAUAAAUAGCUUUGACACUGCUCCUAGGAAGUUGUUGGCAUCAGAUUCUCGCUUGCGCCCUGAUAGAUAUGCACUUGAGAGGGGUGAUCUAUCCAAAGCUGGUGCAGAAAAGAGCAGUUUGGAGGAGAGACAGAGAGCUGAAAAGAGAAACCGAGAGGCCAAGGAACAUCAGUUUACACCAAGAUGGUUUGAUUUAACGGAUGAAGUUACAUCUACGCCUUGGGGUGAUUUGGAAGUCUACCAAUACAACAGUAAAUACACACAACAUCGGGCUGCUGUAGACAGCUCAGAUAGCGUCAAUGAGGUUGAUGUUAGAUCAAUAGAAUUCAACCCAUGGCAGUAUGGUAAUUUGUCUGAAGAAUGAGGUACUCAUUCUACAUUUGGUUGCUAAAUUAUGCAGUUAAUUGAUGGAAACAUUCUUUUGAUGUGUGAUUGGAA